UUGGCUUACCGUGAGUAUCUGCUGGUUUCGAAACACAAACAUAUCCUCCCAUCGUCUUCACUGCUUCGUCGUCACCAGCGAAAUUCUGGUUCAAGAGAUACCUCCAGUGUUCAUGGGCCCUGCUUCCUAGCGACGGACAAUGACCUUCAAUGUUUGGAUUGGUUGCACAGCUUCACGUUCACUUUACCGGUAUGCGACACCCCAGUGUCUUUCGUUGGCCUGUCAGAUGACGAAACGUGUUUGUCAUCGGUGCCUUCUACUCAUCGCCCCUGCCGCAUUGGAUGUAUGAUAUUUCGGGCGAUCGAAUCGAGCCCCUAUCAAGCUUUGCCCUUAUGCGAAAUUUACGAUUUACUGCGAAGCCAAGCUGAUGGUUACUCUCAAGGUUCGGCGAGGUUCCAAAACCAUGUCCGCCACGUUCUUUCUGAUAGCUGCUGUUUUGUACGACUUAAACGUUUUAAACUGGGGACGGUAGGCACGCAACUGUUUUCAUUUAUUCGCUAUUUUUGA